AUGGCCUUCGCCAACGGCCAGAUUGCGCAGUGCCCGCCUCACCCGAUCACCCUCCGUGAAGAGCAUAUUGCUCCCGCAGAGACGACCAUCGUCAUCCAGCAGUACUCUAACCGCUGGUACUCCAAGUUCACCGUGCGAACGACCAGCGGCACGCUUCUGUUCACCGCAGACCCCAAGUCGCUCCGUGUCCAAUGUCGCGCGCGAGUUUGUCGACGCGUCGGGCCUCCCGCUUUUCGAGCUCCAUUCGCGACGGCUGAGCCGCAAUCGAUGGUCCGUCACGUUGCCGGGAGGGGUUGGACGACUCUAUUGUCGGGCGAGAUGAAUGUUAUGUUGCGGAACCUUGCGCCUGCACUGUUCGGUCCGACAGAGGAUGAAGCGACUCUCCAGGUCUAG